AUAACCUGCCAUGUCCUCGACACAAUCUCUGGCAAGCCUGGCGCAGGCAUAGAUGUCAAGCUGAAGCUCAUAUCUCCUUCUCAAGCCACUACGGCCCACUGGACCGCUACCACGAACAGCGAUGGACGUGUUCCUGCUUGGAGCUCUUCUGCAAACAUCAACGAGAUUGUGAGCAAGGUCAAGGCAGAGCUCGCAGAUGACGACCAGAUGAUUUGGAGCUUGACCUUUGACACGGAGAAGUACUUUGGCAAAGGCAAAACAUUCUGGCCGGAGGUCGAGCUGAGAUUCGCCGCGAAGAAGGAGGAAGAACAUUAUCAUGUCCCGCUUCUGCUGGGACCGUGGAGUUAUACGACAUAUAGAGGCUCAUGA